UGAUAAAUGGUUGAUCAACCCACCCCACAGGCGAGCCCAGAAGAUUAACCAGGUUGCUCCUGCUCUUCUUGUUGGCUGUCCAUGGAGCAUAGACAGCGCCUCCUGCUUCCUCUCCUCAUCAGCUUCAUCUUCCUGCUGCUGUUCACCACCAACACCAGGAGCUCCAGCCCCGACAGCGACCUCCAGGCGCUUCUGUCGCUCAAAUCCUUCAUAAGCAAGGACCCUUUGGGUGCACUAUCUUCCUGGAACACCCUCGACAGCAGCACCACCCUCAACGGCACUGAAGGUUUCUGCAGAUGGACUGGGGUGACAUGCAGCAGCAGUCGCCUAAGACCACAACGCGUGACUGUGCUGCGCCUACCAGGACUUGGCCUCAUCGGCACCUUGUCACCACACAUCGGUAACCUCACCCGUCUUGGAGUGCUUGAUCUCUCCAACAACAAGCUUGAAGGUACACGGGCGUCGAGUGUCGACGGGGAGCUGCCGUGGAGGUGCUGUGGCCGAUGGACCGUGCGGUGGACGGCGUUGAAGGGCAGCCGGGACCGGAGCUUGGACCGGGCGGCAGCUGUGGCGUCCACUCCUGGAUCGAGGGCGCAAGCGGCGACAGAAGACGGGUUUCUUGGUUUGCGCCACAGUGAAAUCCCAAUCACCCUUGGAACUUGCCUUGAAUUGCAGUCCAUUCGCUUUCAAGGCAACUUCAUCCAAGGAAAGAUCCCAAAAGAUCUCAGUGCGUUAAAAGCCUUAGAAGAGCUAGACCUCUCCAACAACAAAGUAUCAGGAACCAUCCCUGAAUUCCUUGAGAGCUUCAAGCUUCUAAGGAGCCUGAACCUUUCAUUGAACCAAUUAUCUGGUCCAGUGCCAAACAAGGGUAUCUUCUCCAAUGCAAGUAACAUCCUUCUUGAUGAAGAUAUGACCGCACAUCUUGGUGAAUUUGGUUUAGCCAAGAUAAUGAAUGUUGGAGCAAGUGGGCAAUCAUUAAGAGAAAGUAGCUCAGUUGGUCUUAAAGGAACGAUUGGUUAUCUUGCACCAGAGUGUGGCAUGGGAACAGUGAUUUCUACGGAAGUUGAUAUAUUCAGCUAUGGUGUGCUACUGUUGGAGAUUCUUACUGGACGAAGGCCAACAGACAAUUCAUUUCGUGAUGCUACAAGUCUCCCCAAGUUUGUCGAGCUGGCCAAUCCUGACAAGCUAUUGGAAAUAAUGGACCCUAGGAUGAUGCAUAAUGGUGAAGAACAAGACCUCAUAGAUUUUUUCAUUGCUCCUAUUUCAAGGCUUGGUUUGGCUUGUUGUAGAAACUCUCCAAGGCAGCGGAUGAAGAUGGGUGAGGUGGUGAAAGAAUUGAACACAAUAAAGACAAGAUGGGGGCACAAAUUCAAUCCAUCUGUUGACCCAUAA